AUGGACACCACUUUAAUACCAAAACCUUCCGAAGUCUUUCAAAAAAAUAGACACUCUAAAUUGUAUAUAGUGCAAUAUAACAAAGAAACCUAUAAAUUUGUGCGUAAAAUUAUUAGAUCACAUGACCUUGUAUGGGAUAAAAUGCUACCAGCUCAUCAAAAUAAAGAGGCCGAACCUGUCUUGGUACGAGAUGAAGAGCAAAUAUUUUUAGGUUAUGUUCUCUAUAUAGCAGAUACUGAACAAGAUGCCAUCAACAAACUAAACGAAUUGUAUGAUAUUUGUAAGCAAAUUUUUUUUACACCGCAAGGAUUUAGCGAAAUUGUGAAUAAAAUUUAUUUCAAUCACAGCUUUUGGGUUUUGGCCAUGUAUAAGAUGUCAACGCCACUGGCUUUGAAUGGUGAACAAUAUCUGUUUGGAAUUUUUCAUAAAAAUGAUGUGAUAUUGAAAACAGAGAAUCAUGCUUAUAAUAUUAUUGUCUAUAUUCAGGAACAGCAAACAACACAGAAAGGUUUUGUGGUUAAGGUUGGCAACGAGUUAUCUGAUUUGACGUCAACAAUGUAUGACCUUAGAUAUACUGCUGUACAUACUUUAAGAAAAAAUGUGAUAACUGAAAAACAAAAGAAAAUGAGCCAAUUGCUGAUUGAUAUGAAACCAGCGGAAGAUCGAAUGAAAGCAGAAGCUGCAUUUCUAUACAAUGGUUUUCUUGUAACGGAUGCAUCUAUAAAUAAAGCACAGCGCCGAAUAAUGUAUUUAAAAAAUUUAGCCAGACGUCAUAAUCUUCAAAUAGAUAAUUAA